CUAGUUUUCCAGAAUAUCCUUCAGCCCCGGAGGCCGGCCCUCUCCACCUGCCCUGGAGCCCCGGUGUACGCGCCGGCUUCCGGGGAAUGUAUCACACUGGGGACAGGCUCUUUGAUUAGUGGGUCUCGCUUCCCUGGAGCAUGUAGUUUGGCCGUUUUGAGAAAUUUGGAAAUCUCUUUGUAAUUUAAAUGAUUAUUUUCUUCAGCUCUUCCUUAGACCAGUUUUGCAGGAAGAGCUCUUAAUAUCUGGGUGACCUUCUGCUGGGGACGCUACUUCAGAUGUGGGGCUGAUCGGGGCAGGGUACAGCAUAAAAGCUCAUUUUUAAUGAAAGCAUAUCUAGAUUUUGCACUGCCUUUCCGUUGAGGCAGCAUCCCACUGCUCAUAUUGACCUUGUAAUCACCUAAAUUAGGUCUUCCCUCCUCCUUGAUACUGAUAGAGCAGCCUAUUUGAACCUAAAUCUGUUGAGUUUACCCUAUGAAAUGUUUGAUACAUGAUCUCAUGUCUGAUACAUCAUUUAAAAACCGUAAUGAUCCCAUGAGAUUAUCUUGAAUCUUGACAUUUUUUUGCACUUGUCAUCCCUCCCUGCCCCCUCUGUUCAAUAGAUAUGAUAGCUAUGCCUCCUGACUUCAUCAAAGUGACUGUUAAAUUUGUUGAAAUCUUUAAAACCAAAGUCUAACUCUUCUUAUGAAUCCUCCAGAUUUACAUCCAACCUUUAAUCAUUAGUUGUGAAAUGUUUUUUCAACAGUUGGGACAAACUGAACACUACAGUGAUACAGCCAACAUUUCAUCAUCUUAUCUAUAAUGAAAUUAUAGUCUUUUGCUAAAAUCCAGAUAUACUAUGUUCACAGCCAUUCUGCAAUUUUAGUAAUCUUAAAAGAAAUCAUGGUGGUUUGAUUGAGCUGACUUUUACUGAAAUCCAUUUAGAUUUCUAAGGAUCACCAUAUUUUUUCCUCAAUGCUCACAAACUUUCUAUUUAAUGACUAUCCUAGAACAUAAAUUAUCUGUAAAUUGAGGAAUCCUUUUCCUCCUUUUUGAAAGUUAGUACAUUAUCCAGCCUCCAGUCAUUUCCAUACUUGCUGAAAUUUUUUUUGCCUUGGCUCUGAGACACAUCUGAAAAUUCUUUAGGCUCCAAGGAAUAUACUUUUCCUGGUAUAGCAACUCAUAUACGGUUUAAAACAUCUAUGUGCUAUGCUCCUCUGCUAUUAUCUACCUUGGGCCUAUAUUUCCCUGUGCUUGUUCUUUACCUUUUCAAAUCCAAACUCCAGGUUCUGAAAGAUUAGUGCGACUUAAAUAGCAGGCAUUUCAGAUGAAGAGGAUAGCAUGAACAAAGGUAUAGAGAACAAACAUUUAUUGAGUGCGUAUUGUAUGCUAGGGACUGUUGUAGACACUAGGAAUUCAACAAUGAACAACAACCAAAAAAAAAACCAAAAAAUCCUUGAUCUCAUGAACUAGGGAAGAAUCAGGAAAAAAGUAAAAUUACAAAAUGUAAGGAUGGCAAAGAGUGUAAUAGGUAAAAAUUAAGCAGGGAAAAUGUUAGGAAGUGGAACUGGAAUUGCAGUUUUAAAAUAAGUCAGAGGAGGCAUCAUUUGAGAAAAUAAAGGGCACAAACUAUGCAGAAAUCUUGAUGAGCAUCUCCAGGAAGAAAUAUCAUAUAUGAGAAGAUAGCAGAUGAGGGGUUGGGGGAAUUCUUGUCAUACUCCAGGAGGCCACUGGGGCUGGAGCUGAGUGAACAAGGCAGAAAAUGACAGGAGAUGUAAUUUAGGAGAAGAUAAGGAAAGAAUGAGGAGUCAGAUCAUGUAAGGCCAUUUGAGAGACUAAUUUUUACCGUGUGAGAUGAGGUUUUGAGCAGAGGUGUGACAUCUGUCUUCCACUUUUUGCAUAUUAUUUGGACAGUUUUGUUAAGAAUAGACUGUAAGGAAUGUGUAGAGUCAAGGAGGCAGGAAGGCUUGUUAGGCAGUUAUUGUCUCCUGAAAGCCAACUAAAGAAAAUGAGAGGUGAUGUGACCAGUGAAAGUGGUGAAAAAGUGAUCAAAUUCUGUGUUGAAGAUAAAGCCAACAGGAUUUGCUGAUGGAUUCAGUGUGGUGUGAGAGAAUGAGAAGAAUUAAGGAUCAUUCCAAGGUUUUUGGCCUGAGCUAGAUAUGGAGUUGGCCUCAUUUGAUAAAGAAAACAGUGAGUAGGGCAUGUUUUAUCUGGAGACGGGAGAGUGGAGAUUGUAUAUUAGGAACUUGUUUUUAGACCAAUUAAAUUCAAGGUGCUUUAGACACUGAAAUGGUGAGGUUAUUGGGUAUAUGACUCUAGAGUCCAGUUGAAUACAACUAUUUAAAGCCCUGAAACUGGACAACAUCACCAAGGGAGGAAGUGUAAAUAGAGAAAAAGAGGUGCAGGGACUGAACUCUAGGGAGUUUAAACAUUUUGACGUCAGGAAGAUAAGGCAAAAUGCAAAGGGAGGUGAGGUAGAAAGAAAACCAGGUGAGUGUGGAGACCUGGAAGCCAAGUAAAGUGCUUCAAGGAAGAGAGAGAGGGACCAACUGAGUCACUACUGCUGAUGCUUCCAAAAACAUGAGGACUGAGAAAUGAAUGCGAUUUAGUAACUUGGAUGCCAUUGUUGACCCCAACAGAGAUGAAAAUGAACAGGAUAUUUUGAAAGACAGCUGACUAGAGUAGAAGAUUGUUGUUCAGUCACUAAGUCAUGUCCAACUCUUUUGUGACCCCAUGGACUGUAGCCUGUUGGGCUCCUCUGUCCAUGGGGUUUUCCAGCCAAGAAUAUUGGAGUGGGUUGCCAUUUCCUUCUCCAGGGGAUCUUCCCAACCCAGAGAUCGAACCCAUGUCCUCUGCACUGCAGGCAGAUUCUUUACUGCUGAGCCACCAGGGAAGCCAGAGAGAAGAUGUAUACUGAGAAAUAGUGGAAGAAAAAUCUGGAUAAAGUAAGGCUAGGAAAUGAAACACUUUUAAUGCCGGAUUGGAGAGUUUUACCUUUAUCCUAUGAAAAAUUUAAAAAUAAAAGUACUUGUAUGGGACAGUGAUAAAAUAAGGCCAGUGUUUUUUAAAGUUUGUCUGAUAGUAGUGAUUUGGAAGAGAAGGUUCUAGAUGCAGUAAGAUUAAUUAGGAAUUAUAAAAAUGAAGCUGAUUAGGAGGAUGACAACAAAGAGAGAGGAAUGAAUAGAUGUUGGAUGACUGAUAGACUAUAGAAAAUAAAAGAAGAGAUAAUUAAAAUGAUUCUGAGGCUACUUAAGAGAAGGAUGAUGCCUGGCAUCUCUGGGCUUCAAGUUAAUAUGAACUAGCUUUAGACAUGGGCCAUCCCUGGGAAUUUUUAGGCCCAGGAAUUGUCCCUAAGUAUGCACAGACUCAAGAAAGUUUCAGAAAUCAGAAAUAUAUGUGUGCAUAUUGGAAUCUCUUACUGAGUCUGGGAUAUGAAGGUUGGAAAAGGAGAUAUAUAUUAAGUAUAGAGUUCAUUCUUAGUAGAGAAAGAGAUUACAGGUGGUCCUGGGAGAUUCUGUGAUGAGAAUUUAACGUAGAUAUUCCUUCACAGGUCAAGUCAGACAGAGGGAGACUCCUCAUAGGUAAUACAAUUAUAACAGCUAGGCAGGAUAGCUAUAAACAACUCUGCCUUCCUUGGAGAAAGAAGAUGCAUCUGCUAGCUUUUAGAGGAAGUUAGUAAGAUUUAAAGAAUAAGAAAAUCAGAAUGUGAUGUGUUUAUCAUUUUUCAACUUGAUUUGGUACUUCUACCCUAGAACAUGUGAAAGUUGUAGAAUUUUAGAAGAGGAAAAGAAUGUACAGACAACUGAACAAUUUACUGCCUUUUUGCAGGCAAAGAAGUUGAGGUUCUAAGAGCUUAAGUGCUAUUUAAGAAGGCACUCUUCUAGCUCAUUUCAGAUAUUCUGGUUCAUAUUCAGAUAUAUUCAUUGACAGAUAUUUAUUGAACUCCUACUAUUUGACAAGCACUGUGCAAGAUGCUGAGAAUACAGAGGUGACGAGAGAGUUAAUUUGGCACCAGAUCAUAGAAGACCUUAUAGGCUACGGUGAUGAUUUGAAUCUUUAUGGUAAAAGUAAUGGAAAGUGAUUGAAGUUUUUCAAUGAGGAGGGCUGUGAGAGUACGUGAUCAGGUUUGUGGCUCCCAGAGAUCACUUUGCAUUUUGAGAAUGGUUUAGAGAAGAGCAAGAGCAAAUGGAUUAGAGAGUCAUUCAGGAAGGAACAUUGACAGGACUUGGUUAUGGAUUGACCUUGGGAGCCAAAGAAGAGAGGGAUGUCAAGGUUGAUUCCUAAGUUUCUGGCAUAGAUUUUGCUAAAAGAAUUAUGAGUUUAUUUUUGGACCCACAUUAAAUUUUAGAUAAUUUUGAGAUAUCUAAGUAGGAACAUCAAGAAGGCAAUGGGAUAUACAAGGUUAGAUGUAAAUGAGGAUAUAUAAAGAGAGGAUUUGAAGUGAGAAGAAUGCCUUAGAGCUCCAAAAAUGUAAAUUACUAUAUAGAGGAGGAGCCUGCAAAGAAGACCAAGAAAGAGCAUCCAGAAUUAGGACUCAAAUAAAGCUCGUAGUGUUGUGACAGCUAAGGAGGGAGAGGGCAGUGUCAGAUACUACCAAGAGUCGGCGGUGUGUGAGACAAAAAAAUUCCAGAUUUAUCAUCACAGAGUGAUGGGUGGGGGAAAACAGAAAGGAGUGGAUUAAGGAGCGAGCGGGAAAGAUGAUGAGUGUUGACACUACUGAAAAGUUUUUCUGCUAAGAAGAAAUGUGGGGUGGAGUGUGUGUGUGAGAGAGAGAGAGAUUUGAAUAUGUUUAAAAGGAUUCAGUUGAGGAAAGGUUAUGUGCAACUUCUCAACUGAGGAGAGAAAAGUUCAUAGGGGAAGGAAUUCAGAAACAUUUAGGGGUGGUGACUUUAGAAAAGAGAGACAGGUAUCAGCACUGGUCCUAAAUAAGUACCAGGUCCUCAAUGUAACCUGUAUUUGCCUUGUAUAUUUUAAUAAUUAUAUAUACCAUAUAAUUAUAAAGACCUUAUAAAGUCCUUAAAUAACUAGAGAAGUAUUUCUAAAUUUCUAGAUAAUACAUUUUUCUGAGUACUGUUACGUGAUUUCUCUUGGUUACUGGUGAAAGAAAGUGCCAGAUAUAUUUCAUUUCAGACAUGCUUGAGAAAAAGACAUUUGGAGAAGACAUUUUACCCUAUACUUAUCCAAUGAAAGGUUCUAAACUCUUAGCAGUGUCUCAGGAAAGGGACCCAAGAGUUAUUGUAGACUCUUUGCUAGGAAUGUUGGACGUAUUGGAUGUUUUGGCAAAGACCAUCCUCAAGAAGAAGCCAAGACUGUUCCUGACUCUGCUGUUGUCUUAUCCUCACAGAAAGUUGAGGAAGCGAGCGGCCAAAGCCUCGGCCCGACGCUCCAAGCCCCUUGGAAGACCAGUCACCAAGCUUAAAGCCAAACCCAAAACCCGAAUGGGCAGGGGGCCAGUUAAGAGGCUGCUGGCCCAGCGGCAGCAACACUCCUUUGGUCUGCACGGGGUGGCAUGCGUGGGCACGGAGGCCCACCUCUCCCUCUGCUCCUUGGAGUUCUAUCGAGCCAAUGACACCACCAGGUGCCCUGGGGGGGCCCCUGCGGUGGUGAGCUGUGUGCCAAGCCCUCUCUACGCAGCGUCCAGUGGCCAGAAGAAGCAACAGUCGAAGCCUCAGGGGGAGGCCCGAGUGCGUCUGAAGGGCGGAGCCCACCCAGGAGAGGGCCGGGUAGAAGUCCUGAAGGCUGGCACGUGGGGCACGGUCUGUGAUCGCAAGUGGGACCUGCAAGCAGCCAGCGUGGUGUGUCGGGAGCUAGGCUUCGGGAGUGCUCGAGAGGCUCUGAGCGGUGCCCGCAUGGGGCAGGGCAUGGGUGCCAUCCACUUAAGUGAAGUGAGAUGCUCUGGACAGGAACUCUCUCUCUGGAAGUGCCCCCACAAGAACAUCACAGCUGAAGACUGCUCCCAUAGCCAAGAUGCUGGUGUCCGAUGCAACCUGCCCUACACUGGGGUGGAGACCAAGAUCCGCCUCACCGGGGGCCGCAGCCGCCAUGAAGGGCGAGUGGAAGUUCAGACAGGGGGCCCGGGGUCCCUUCGCUGGGGCCUCAUCUGCGGAGACGACUGGGGAACACUGGAGGCCAUGGUUGCCUGCAGGCAGCUCGGACUGGGCUAUGCCAACCACGGCCUGCAGGAGACCUGGUACUGGGAUUCGGGGAACAUAACAGAGGUGGUGAUGAGUGGAGUGCGCUGCACAGGGACUGAGCUAUCCCUGGACCAGUGUGCUCAUCAUGGCACCCAUGUCACCUGCAAGAGGACGGGAAGCCGUUUUACUGCUGGAGUCAUUUGUUCUGAAACCGCAUCAGAUCUGCUGUUGCACUCAGCACUGGUGCAGGAGACCGCUUACAUCGAGGACCGGCCCCUGCACAUGUUGUAUUGUGCUGCUGAAGAGAACUGCCUGGCCAGCUCGGCCCGCUCAGCCAACUGGCCUUACGGCCACCGGCGUCUGCUCAGAUUCUCCUCCCAGAUCCACAACCUAGGACGUGCUGACUUCAGGCCCAAGGCCGGGCGCCACUCCUGGGUGUGGCAUGAGUGUCAUGGGCAUUAUCACAGUAUGGACAUCUUCACUCACUACGAUAUCCUGACCCCCAACGGCACCAAGGUGGCCGAGGGCCACAAAGCUAGUUUCUGUCUAGAAGACACCGAAUGUCAGGAGGAUGUCUCCAAGAGGUAUGAGUGUGCCAACUUUGGAGAGCAGGGCAUCACUGUGGGCUGCUGGGAUCUCUACCGGCAUGACAUCGACUGUCAAUGGAUUGACAUCACAGAUGUGAAACCAGGAAACUACAUUCUGCAGGUGGUCAUCAACCCCAAUUUUGAAGUAGCAGAGAGUGACUUCACCAACAACGCCAUGAAAUGUAACUGCAAAUAUGAUGGACAUCGCAUCUGGGUGCACAACUGUCACAUUGGGGAUGCCUUCAGUGAAGAGGCCAACAGGAGGUUUGAACGUUACCCUGGCCAGACCAGUAACCAGGUCAUCUAAGGUGCCACCACCUUCCUCUACAGACCACCACUGGCCCCUAAUGGCAGGGGUCUGAGGCUGCCGUUACCUCAGGAGCUUACCAAGGAAGCUUUGACGUCAGCAGGCCCACAGCACUCGUCCGUUGUGCACUGCGGUUGUGGACCGUCAAGCAGAAAUCACUGCCCUCUUUCCUAGGCCAGCUGUCCUGAUCUGUGGCCAGGCCUGGGGAAUUCUGCGCCCAGGCCCAGCACCAAGCCAAGCACACCACAGAGAGGCGCACCUGAUUAACUGCCCAGGACAACAGACAACAGCAGCUCGCUUUCUUGAAUAGGGAGGUCAGAAUGGUUUAACUCCAGUAUCUCCCCUCAGUUCUGGAAGAUAAAGCUUUACCUCUAGCCUUUUUGUGGGGGGAAAGAGCAGUGUUCCACCCUUCCCCUCAUUUUUCAGUAUGACAUGUUGUUAGGUAUAAUUUUAUUUUAUAUAAAAAGUGUUUUUGUGACUCUUCA